AUGAUGUUGUUAUAUUUACCAAAACUAGAUGAAAUUAUCGGUGGAGAAGAUGCCAGUCCUCAUUCCAUGCCCUAUAUGACAUUUCUGAAGUUUGACAUAACAGGAAAUACAUAUAAAAGAUGUGGAGGGAUCCUGAUAAGUGAAGACGUUGUUUUGACAGCAGCUCACUGCAAUGGCACAAAUAUGCAAGUAAUAUUGGGAGCUCAUAAUAUUAAAUCUAAAGAAAAUUCCUGGCAGGUAAUAAAAGUUUGUAAAAGUGUCCCACACCAACAACACAAAAAGCCUGGCAAUGACAUCAUGUUGUUAAAGCUCAGAGAAAAAGCAGUGUUAAACCGUUAUGUAUUACCACUGCCCAUUAACCACAGCGGAGGGAAGGUGAAACCUGGGAGUGUGUGCUCUGUAGCAGGUUGGGGCAGAAUUAAAGAGUAUAACAAAGAUGAGUCUCCAACACUAAAAAAAGUUGAUCUAAAAGUGGUUUCAGAAAAAAUCUGUUCUGAGACAUUCCCAAACAUUAAUUUGAAGAACUUUAUCUGUGCUGGAGACCCACAGGAAAACAAGUAUGCAUAUAAUGGUGAUUCUGGUGGUCCUUUAUUCUGUGGGACGGACCUUCAAGGAAUUGUACAGGGUGGAAACUAUAACAAACCACCUACUGGUUUGUACACCAAAGUCUCUUCACACCUUAAAUGGAUGAAACAAACCAUACACACAAUGAGGUGCAAGAAAUAG